AUGAAAUCUUUCAAGUUUUUCGUUUUUUCGAACAGAGAAAAGGGAUUCGGCUUUCCAUUCGACCGGCCGUCGAAGGACUCUCUAGAACGCAUGGAUACCAGGAUCAUCGGCGGAGAGGUCUCAGAUCUCGGUAACUGGCCCUGGCAAGCCGCGAUGCUUUACGCUAAAUAUGGAAGUCACAUUAUUUGUGCCGGAACAAUCGUGACGAAAAAAGUGGUCAUCGGCGCGGCACAUUGCGUCGGAAAUUUUGAAACGAAUCUUUUGACUUUUUCUGCUGGCCAUACCGAAGAAUCAUACCAAUCCAGUCCUGUCAAACGAGCCGUUCCUCAUCCAGAUUUCAAUAACUUCUUUCACAAUGAUAUCGCUCUUUUCGAGCUAGAAAAACCAUUCACCUGGACGGAAUUUGUAAAACCCGCGUGCUUGCCUUACUCGGAUUUCGUUCCUUCCGAUUCUGGCCGAUGCGUCGUUAGUGGCUUCGGCAAAGGGUCGAAUGAUAGGCUUACUCAUGUGGUUCUCCCGCUUUGGGAGAAAGCAUCUUGCAAGUCGAUUCUUGAGUCGCAGGGCGGCGCGACCUGGACUGGACUGCCACUUGAUGAAUCGCAAUUUUGCGCGGGCUACCAACCAGGCGGACUCGACGCCUGCCAGGGAGAUUCUGGAGGGCCCUUCGUCUGCAAGACGAACCAAGGAUGGGUUGCAACAGGCGCAGUUAGCUACGGAUACGGCUGUGCGGAGAAGAACAUGCCCGCUGUGUACGCCAACAUUCCGCUUUAUCGAGAUUGGAUGCUCGCUUUCAUUGGGGAGUCGAAUGAUGAGAUUCCGGAUGGUUGUGGGGAGCCAGUAAACAAGGCGAGUUUUGGAGACUCAAUUUUGGCACCGACUUUGCUCGAUGUCGAAAAUGGGAAUUUGUGGGAAGGAGAAGAGCAUCGAUUUGUUCAAGAAUAUAAAAAUUGA